AUGGCAAGAGUUCACAAUAUCCCGUCCAGCAUCGAUACACUGUUCGCGGCUCCGGAAGCGGCCGAUUUGGCCAAUGUAUCCGACGCUGCCGCCAGAUCCGUGGAACUGCUUCCAGUCGGUGCACUGGCCGCUCCAGUGGUCACGGCAGAAUUGGACGACGGAUCUCUCAGCGUCGGCGCGGUUCAUGCAGCGGCGACCGCCGCUCUGGGCGUGGCAUUCUGCCGCAAUGGUGCCGGAGGUGAGGGCGGCGAGGGCGACGGUGACGACGGAGAGGAAAUGCAUGUUUGCUGGUUCUGGUUGGACUGGGUUAGGAAAUGUGCAUGUUUGAACUCGAAUAUCGAUAUUGGCUGA